GUUGAAAGGAAUCCAGUGCAGUUCUUCGCUUCGACCAACUUGACUCCAGUUGUGCUCAGCCCGCCCGGUUUGGUAGCGCACGGCUGUGCCUGGCUUAUGUGGCCUCUAUGGCCCUUUUCUGCUCCACUGUCAGAAAGAGGGAGGGAGGCUUCCCCCAGCACCAAAAUACCAUUCUGUGUGCUCUCUGCAGCACAGUAGCUAAGAACAAAUUUCCCGAUUACUCCCUGGAAUUUUUUGGAGUUAUUUGCUGGAAGAAGUCUUUUUCCCCACUUUAAAUGGAUGAUUGUGUUACAAUAAAGAAAAAGCAUCUCCAAAGACCAAUCUUUAGAUUAAGAUGCUUGGUAAAGCAGCUGGAAAAGGGUGACAUUAACGUGGUGGACUUAAAAAAGAAUAUUGAAUAUGCAGCAUCUGUGCUGGAGGCAGUUUAUAUUGAUGAAACCAGGAAACUUUUGGACACUGAAGAUGAACUCUCUGACAUCCAGUCGGAUUCGGUACCGCUGGAAGUGCGGGACUGGUUAGCUUCUACAUUCACGAGAGAAAUGGGAAUAGUGAAGAGGAGGCCUGAGGAGAAGCCCAAAUUCAGAAGCAUUGUGCAUGCUGUACAGGCUGGGAUUUUUGUAGAAAGGAUGUACCGAAAAACUUCAAGCAUGGUUGGUUUGGCUUAUCCAGCAGAAGUGAUAGUCACAUUUAAGGAUGUUGAUAAGUGGUCUUUUGACGUAUUUGCCCUUAAUGAAGCGAGUGGAGAGCACAGUCUGAAAUUUAUGAUGUAUGAGCUGUUAACCCGAUAUGACCUUUUGAGCCGUUUCAAGAUCCCUGUUCCAAAUCUUAUUUCUUUUGCUGAAGCUCUUGAAGUUGGUUACAGCAAAUACAAAAAUCCCUAUCAUAAUUUGAUCCAUGCAGCUGAUGUUACUCAAACUGUGCAUUACAUAAUGAUUCACACUGGCAUCAUGCACUGGCUCACAGAACUGGAAAUUUUAGCAAUGAUCUUUGCAGCUGCCGUCCAUGACUAUGAACAUACUGGGACCACAAACAAUUUUCAUAUUCAGACAAGGUCAGAUGUUGCUAUAUUGUACAAUGAUCGUUCUGUUCUUGAAAAUCACCAUGUAAGUGCUGCUUAUAGACUCAUGCAGGAAGAAGAGAUGAACAUCCUGGCUAAUCUAAACAAAGAUGACUGGAGGGAGUUGCGUAGCUUGGUCAUUGAGAUGGUCUUGUCUACAGACAUGUCGGGUCAUUUCCAACAAAUUAAAACAAUGCGACACACUCUACAGCAGGCACAGGGGGUAGACAAAGCCAAAGCCAUGUCUUUGAUUCUACAUGCAGCAGACAUAAGCCAUCCAGCAAAAUCCUGGGAACUGCACUACCGGUGGACCAUGGCCCUGAUGGAAGAAUUUUUUCGACAGGGAGACAAGGAAGCUGCUUUAGGUCUUCAAUUUUCCCCACUUUGUGACCGCAAGUCCACUUUGGUAGCUCAGUCUCAAAUAGGUUUCAUUGAUUUCAUAGUAGAACCAACAUUUUCUCUUCUUACUGAUUCAAUGGAGAAAAUUGUUAUGCCUCUUAUAGAGGAAGCAACAAAAUCUGAAAGUCCUGCAUUUGGGACCCCCAGCCAAAAUAGCUUGGGAGCAGUAAGCAAUGCUGAAGCACAAAGACGACCUGGGUUUAAAAGUACUGGUGAUGGAGGGACUCACACAGAAAAUUCUCUAGCAACUGUAGACCUAAGGGGCUUCAAGGACAACUUGAUGAAGAUCAUUCAAGCAAACAAAGAAAGAUGGAAAGAAUUAGCAGCAGAAGGUGAGCCUAAACACUGUAAGUCAGAAGAUAUUGUAAAAGCCACGGAGCAGACAGAAGCACUGGUACAGAACUAGAUUUGCUAUUUCUUAUAAGCUUCUGACAUCUCAGGCAGGACAGGAGAAAAGAACUCUAGCUGCUCCUACCUCAUGAUCUCAGAGGCUGUUACCUGUCAACUUGUUCUUGGAUCAUCCUAUUUCUGUGGAGAGUGAUUGAACAAAAUGUUCAAAAAUGUAACAUGUAAAACCCUGAGCUGGUAACUCAAGGCACUUAAAAAUUUGCAAGUUUUCGGUUGUUUUUGUGUUGCUAUUUCCUCUUCUAUUCUGCUUUCUUAAACUAGCCAAAAUAAUCUUUUCAGCCAAAGUUGGACCUUGCUUUGUUGCAUCACUGGUACCAGACAUUUCCAGUUAAUCACGAGACAUGUGAAAACAUGAUGUUUGUCAUCCGCCUGGGAUUGCUGUUGCGUGUCACUGCUGCUGGUGUCCAAUGAAAAUGGAAAAUCAAAAUGAAAUGUGUUUCUAGAUACUUGUUCAUGCAAUCAUGCUGCAUGCACCAUAAAAGUCCUACUUGUUAGCUUCCUUAAAAUAUCUGGAAAUAAAUGUUUGUAGACUGUACAGGGAAGUUGCAAAGUUACGCUGACCAGCCUGCACGAAUGAAGAUUCUUCCCCACUGCAGUGGCUGCCAUAUGGAAAGAACUGGCAUUGAACAAAUUUGAAAGUAUUUGAAAUAUCUCUUUAAAAUUAAUUGAAUAGCAUCUGGUGUUAAAGAUUAAAACGUUCUGAAUCAUGUAAUAUUUUGAAAGACAACAGCACUGGUGUCAGCCCUACCAUGAAGCUGGUACUUAUUGUUUUGUAGGGUGGAAGAGACAGCAACAGAAAUACAUGGAAGUUGCUUCACUCAGCAAAAUGUUGAGUUGCCUCUCAGACAGAAUUGGAAGGUGGCACAGAGGCCUUAUGUCAUGGUUUAUCUCAAAUGCAAAGGUGACAAUAUGCUCAACAUCUUUGCUAGAGUUUGUUUCUUUUUGAGAGGCAGCAAAAACAGCAGCACACAGGCAGUUACCUCUGCAAGAAGCCUCAGAAUGAGCCCUCCAGCCCAAACUGUGCCCGUAAAGAAACUGCAUUUUCAUCUCUUCUUCCCUCGAGCUGCACAUGACCCCUCCUGAUUUGUCUGGGUGUCUUACACAGCUGCAGCCAGCCUCAUUUCCCUCUGCUGGAACCUGCUAGGAAACUUCUAGGCUCCCGUUCAGGUUGUAGGCACUCAGGUGGCUCCAGAUGCUGCACUCCCUGUUCUCCUUUUCGGACCCUGUGGUUAUUACCUCACUGAACAAAAAGUCUUUCUGAUCAGCCAUGGUCCACUCUGAAGGGGACUUGUGGGGCAGUGGCACUGUCCUCUGUGCCAAGGGCGAUUGACACCUGUGUGCUGUUCAUCUGCUGCUUCAGGCAUCCAACCAGAGCUCAGCAUGAUCAGGCUCCACCUCAACAAGGGCACGCUUUGUCCGAUUGAAGAAGGAAUCAUGAACCAAUCUCCUUUGCUGACCCUUACACGUCCAUACCUGUUGACUGUCUCUUUUCUGACAGCAGAGCAGUCAAAAUUGAGCUGGGAACAGUGUAAGCUCUGAGCCCUGGGACAAGGGCAUGCCAAAAGGUGGAAUUCCUGUCAUUGAAUAUGUAAGCCAUAUAAUGUGCUAUGCAUAAGUAGUAUGCAUAGUUUUAACUUAAGAAAUGUUUGUGCAUAUAGGAUGUAAAAAAUACAUUUAAAUUGUUUUGUGUAUCUGGUCCAAGGCUUGUAUUUAGCAUGGACAAAUUUCUGUACAGUGCCGUUAACGAAUGAAAUGUUAACAGAUGAAAUUGUAUCAUAGAUGUUAUAAGGCAAUCAAUAUUUUUUUGCUAAGAGUUAAGAAUUUAUAUAUUCUCUGCUGGUGUUUGAGCAAAUUAUUAGUAGCCUGGACCUCUCUGUGCACCUUUGCAUCCUUUUUUGGGAAUGUUGGACUCUUUUUUUUUUCCUUUGUAAUAAAAUGUAAACCAUCUUAUGGCUUCUUAUUGUCCUUAUGACAAGAGAAGAAAUUUAAUGGUCAUAUCAGACUUUUUUUAAUUGUAAGUUGCCAUAUGCUGUGGCAGUGGAAAAUCUUUUGAUUAAGAUCUGAGAAGUCAGAAACUUAUUUUAGAUAAGUAGAUCAUCUAUAGUUCCCACCAAAUUUGAAAAGAACAAAAAACUACUAUCUUUAAAAACUGGGCCAGUUAGAUACUUGCUACUGACUGUUUUUCAACAUGGUAAUUUAUGAUUCACUGAGACUGAAAGUCUGAAGCAAUCAGAAUUUAAUCUUUAUAUUGUAUUUUCACUUUCAGACUUUUACCAUAGUUGAACUUAGAAGUUUUUUUCUGUGUCUCUAUCCCAUUGAGAUUUAUUACUCCGCAAAAAUUUUCACCUGGAAAUUCAAGCAGAAAAUAUAACAGAUUCUGCAGAGAGCUUGAAGCACCCUGUGGGGCUCUCAGUGUCCUGUUGUCAUAGUGAGCACCACGAUCUCCCACUGCAGAAGCUAGAAGGAGCUCCUGGUCUCACACGAGGUGCUCAUUGCCUGCAGAUAUCAUUCUUUAGGAUAGAAGAGUGAUUUUUCUAUAAAUAAUCCUAUUUGCUCAUUUGUAUUCAGAUUUUAUCACUGUGGUAGAUGUUACUGAAAUACAAGAAGAGUCUUUAGUUUUUUGUUAAUGCCAGCUGAUUCUCUUUCUUUCUUCCUUCCUUUAUUCUUAGCAAGAUUUUGCCUGGACAUGACCCAAAGCUUGGUGUGUUGUUUGGAUGAGGAGAAAUUUUCUUUGAUGGAAAAGACCAAUAGAGCCAACACAUACUGGUUAAGGCUUUGGGCUGGGUGAAAUUUGGGUUCAUACAGGAGAAAGGCUUCUUGAGAGAACCUCUCCCUGAACAGUAGUUUUAUCUCUGAAACCUGUAAGGCUGCGCUACCAAAACACUGCAUGGGGCCCUAAGAAAUGGUGUUUGUAUCUGCAUCUCUCCCACAGCAUUCUGGGCGUGUACCCUGCAUUAAGCACACUGAUGAGCUGGAGCUAUAAAUGAGCCCUCAAGAGUUUUAUUUUGUACUUUUAUCUUGAGAUAUAUGACAGAUAUAUUAUGUAAUAUUGCUAUGGGUUAUGAUCUAGCCAGUAUUUUUUUUAUUUCAUUUUCAAGAAGGCAAUCUACAACUGUGUGUUUUUAUUCUGCUGUAUUUGUCCAUAUUUCCUAUGAUGAUAUUCCCAAAUAAAUCUGAUUUGAGGGCAA